UGGUUUCAGGAACGAUCCAAGAGAAUUCAAUCAUCAAACUUUGGUAGAAUUUGUACUGCCACAGACAGAACUAAUUUUCAAAGAUUGGCAGAGUCAUUGAUAAAACCAUCAGAUAUUAGAACAGCACCAAUUCUCCAUGGGAGGAAGUAUGAAGAUGCUGCAAUUAGAAAGUACGAAGACAUUUCUCAAAAUAAGGUCACAAGAUGUGGAAUCUUUGUUUGUGAAGAGUUCCCGUUCUUGGCAGCAUCACCUGAUGGGUUUAUCAAUGACUCAACUGUGAUUGAAGUUAAGUUUCCUUAUGUUGCCAAG